AUGUCUGACACAGGUAGAAAAGGAUUCGGCGACAAGGCUUCUGAGGCUUUGAAACCAGACUCUCAAAAAUCAUACGCCGAACAAGGUAAGGAAUUCAUCACCGACAAGGCCGACAAGGUCGCCGGUAAGGUCGAAAGCAACGACAACAAGGGUGUCUUCCAAGGUGUUCACGACUCCGCUCAACAAGGUAAGGACAACGCUGACAGCCAAGGUGAAUCUUUCGCCGACCAAGCCAGAGACUACAUGGGUGCCGCCAAGUCCAAGUUGAACGACGCUGUUGAAUACGUUUCCGGACGUGCUCACGAAGAAGACCCAACCAAGAAGUAA